AUGGCGGCGGCCGCCGAGCUAACGGCUGUGGGGCGUUGCUGGUUCUGGUUGUUAGUGGGGCUGCAGGCGAUAAGUGUAUAUGGAGCACAGUUGUCAUCAGAAGCUUGCAGAGAGCUGGGUUUCUCCAGUAACUUGCUAUGCAGUUCUUGCAACCUUCUUGGACAGUUCAAUCUGAACCAGUUGGAUCCGUUCUGCAGGCAGUGCUGCCAAGAAGAAGCUCAGCUGGAAACUAGAAAGCUUUAUGCAGGAGCUGUCCUAGAGGUAUGUGGAUGAAAAUUGGGAAGGUUCCCUCAAGUCCAGGCUUUUGUCAGGAGCGAUAAGCCAAAACUCUUCAGGGGACUGCAAAUCAAGUAUGUGCGUGGUUCUGACCCUGUACUAAAGCUGCUGGACGACAGUGGGAACAUUGCAGAAGAACUGAGCAUCCUGAAGUGGAAUACAGAUAGCGUGGAAGAAUUUCUAAGCGAAAAAUUAGAACGUCUAUAAAUCAUUGUUUUCAGUCCUCUUUCCUUUUCAUGUUUUGUCAUGGUAAUCUUCUCAGAUGUAGUGUGCUACAAUUGAAAAAACAUUCCAGCUUCUAUAUUAAUUUUAAAAUAUCUGUUUUGCUGUACUAAACAUCUUGUAAUUAGAAGGGGAAGCUUCAUCACACAUAUCUGACAAGUUGACAAACAGAAUAGCUUGUCUUAAUAUAUUUCAGCUCUUAAUGCAUUUAUCACUAACAAAAUGCUUUGUUUCAAAGUUAAUUAUGCAAAUACCAGUUUAAUUGGACCUGUUUUUACAAAUGCUCUUAAGAGCUUCAAAUAAUUGAAAUUAUUACCAUGCUUUUUGUCUGCUGCUGUUUGCAAGAAAGUCAGAACCAAAUGCAGUGUACUAUCUCCCAAAGAAACUUGACUGCUGAUGCCCUCUUCUUUUUUGUAUUAUUUGAACUGUCCUUUUUAUAGAAGCAUUGUUUACAGUGAGUAUCUAGUUCACAGGUUUUGAAGCUGAUGGAGGAACUCAUGCUCUGGUACUGUGAAACACUUACUUAGUAAGUACACUUUAGUGAAGACUACAUAGAAAACCUCUGAGGUGUAUGGAAGUCAGAUGUCAGGUGUGCUUUUUGUUAAGUGUUUUGCUUCAGAAAACAUGAGAUACAAGUCUUGAAAAACCUUUCCUUCUACCUUUCACAAGUUUAUGAAAUGAAUUUAUAAACUCUUCUUUUAAAAUGUAUAUUUUUCUGUCUCAGUUGAAAUUUAUGUGAACAGGGAAUAUAGACGGUAUGUAUGGUAAUGAGUCAAAUCCAUUAUGACUUGUCAGGUUUUUUCCACUUAGAGUGAAUAAAUAUGGUAAGCAAGAAUAAUGUGGUUUUUGCUGAAGCCUAAUUAGCAAAUAAGUCUUUCCUUUCCUUUAACUACUUCAUGCACACCAGUUUUUGGUUGAAUGGGUGUUAUCCUGUGGCCUGAAUUGGUACUCAGUUUUUCUCUUCAUAUAUAAUUUUAUAUCUAUCAUCUCAAGGAAUUUCUGUACAACUUACAGAUUUUAGUCCCAACUUUUGAGAAAAAAAUCAUCAACUUCAUAGCAGAACAAUAAACUUGGGACUGAGACCACACUAAAUUAUCAGAAGUAAUACACUAAGGUGGUUUUUUAGGCAUAGCCUUCUGAGUUUUUAUUCCUGAAAUACUCUUAUAGACUCUUAGAACGUGCAUGCAGCUGGGUCACAUGAUGUGAUCCUUGUUGUUCUUGCUCUCACUCUUAUUCUAUGCCUUUCACUCCUAUCCUUGUAAAACAUGCUGCUCAUCUUGCAGAUGACUCAGUGUGGGACAGCUACAAUGGUGGUCACCACUGUCUUUGAGAAAUAAACUCUACAUAAAAAGCACAAAUCUUCACAGCUUGUGCUAACUUAUCAGAGUCAAACAUGGAUUUGUUCUUGGGAUGUGUGAUGUAUUAGUCAGCAGAUGAGCUACAACCAAACCAUGUGGCAUGACAACCCAGUAUUUUGGUAGUAAAAAUA